AUGGAUGACCUGAAGGCGAUCUUGGCGCGGCCGAUCCAGGUCGCGGAGCAGGUGAUCAAGUGGGCGGAGGAGGCGCAGACGUGCCGGCAGGAGUGCCUGGAGCUCAAGAACAAGGUCGAGCGCCUCGCCUCCCUCCUCCGCCAGGCCGCGCGCGCCGACCUCUACGAGCGUCCCGCCCGCCGCAUCCUCGACGACACCGGCAAGGUGCUCGACAAGGCCGCCGCCCUUCUCGACCGUUGCCGCGCUCACGGCAUCGUCCACCGCGUCUUCACCAUCAUCCCCGCCGGCUCCUUCAAGAGGACGUCCAACCAGCUCGACAACUCCCUCGGCGACCUCUCUUGGAUUCUCCGCGUGUCCAACUACGCUAACGCCGGCGAUGACCUGGAUGACCACAUUGGCUUGCCCCCUAUCGCCCAGAACGAGCCCAUCCUCUUCCUCAUCUGGGAGCAGAUCGCCGUGCUCUACACCGGCACAUUCGACGCCCGCGCUGACGCCGCGGCUAGCGUCGUCUCUCUCGCGCGCGACAAUGACCGCUACGGCAGGCUCAUCAUCGAAGAGGACGGCGUCCCGCCUCUGCUGCGCCUCAUAAAGGAGGGCCGCCCUGAGGGCCAGGAGAACGCCGCGCUCGCCAUCGGCCUCCUCGGCCGCGACCCGGAGUGCGUCGAGCUCAUGGUGCUCGCCGGCGUCUGCACCGCCUUCUCCAAGAUUCUCAAGGACGCGCCCAUGAAGGUGCAGGGAAUGGUGGCGUGGGCCGUGUCCGAGCUCGCCACCAACCACCCCAAAUGCCAGGACGCGUUCAUGCAGAGCAACGUGAUCCGCCUGCUCGUGUCCCACCUCGCCUUCGAGACGGUGCAGGAGCACUCCAAGUACGCCGUCGCGUCCAGGAUGAGCCUACACUCCGUUGUCAUGGACAAGAAGGGCAGCGGCAAAUACUCGUCCCAUCAGGACACAUUUGAUGCGGCGGAGCACACCGCGGCCAACAGCUUGUCGGCGAAGCCCACAGUCGGUGGUGGCUCCGCUGCCGGUGGUAACGCCGCUGCCGCCGCCGCCGCCGCCACCGGUGGCACCAGCUCAAGUGGCGUCACGGGAGCUGCGGCUGCGAGCAUUGGCAGCGUUGCGGGGACGAAGCAGCACAAUGUGUCCUUGUCGGGGACGAGCACGCGAGGGAAAGAAUACGAGGACGAAGAGACCAAAGCCUACAUGAAAUCCAACGCAGCGAGAGCGCUGUGCCAGUUAGCCACGGGCAAUGCCGCCGUGUGCAAGAACAUCACGGAGUCCAGGGCGCUGCUCUGUUUCUCCAUCCUCCUGGAGAAAGGCGCCCCAGACGUGCAGUACAACUCGGCCCUGGCGCUCAUGGAGAUCUGCCGUGUGGCGGAGCAGAACGCGGACCUCCGGCGGUCGGCGUUCAAGCCGACGUCCCCCGCGGCGCGCGCCGUGGUGGACCAGCUCCUCCGCGUGGUCACCAAGGCGGAGUACGACGAUCUCCUGAUCCCCUGCAUCACGUCGCUGGGCUGCCUGUCGAGAACCUUCCGGGCGACGGAGACCCGGAUCAUCGGGCCGCUGGUGAACCUCCUGGACGAGCGGGAAGCCGACGUGUCCCGGGAGGCGGCCGUGGCGCUGACCAAAUUCGCCUGCACGGAUAACUACCUCCACGUGGACCACUCCAAGGCCAUCAUCAACGCCAGCGGCGCCAAGCACCUGGUCCAGCUGGUGUACUUCGGGGAGCAGAUGGUGCAGGUGGCGGCGCUCCUCCUGGUGUGCUACAUCGCGCACAACGUCCCCGACAGCGAGGACCUCGCGCAGGCGGAGAUCCUCACCGUGCUGGAGUGGGCGUCCAAGCAGGAGCAGGACAAGUUGAUCGAAAGCUUGUUGCCGGAGGCCAAGAUCAGGAUGGAGCUCUACCAAUCCAGAGGGGCAAAAGGUUACCAUUAACGUACGUCAAAUUGAUCGAUCCACGUGCACCCACCGGUUUUGUUGCAGAUCCGAGAGGCUGGCAUGGCAUGGCAUGGCAUCGCAUGGCAUGCAUGUACGUAGGAAGAACACACAAGCUGACUUCUUCACAUCUGCCUAGCAAUGUGUAUAUACAUCUCAGGUGCUUUUGCGUAUACUUUGCUUGACCCUUUUGAUCCCAACAUAGGUUGCAAAAUGGUUUGUAUCCAUCCGUGUGAUUAACAUCUUUUGGUUGGGGAUAGGGCCUUGACACUGGAGGCGGUUAAUUUUAUCGUGGACAUGAGAAGGUUGUGUAGGGUCUGAUGAUGUUCCUUCUUAACUUGUAACUUGUACCUUUCUUGGUGGUAUAGCCAUUUCUUCUUAUUCUGAGUUUAGCAUCUUGUACUCUCAUUUCACCCUAAUGCUCGGUGUAUAUUAGUAUUCACUUAAUUACGAGAAGGAACUUGUCAUGUUUAAAUCAUGUCUCUUUCGUUGCGAUUGCCAUUACGAGUAUCUCAU